AUGUCUCAAGAUCAAACUUGCUUAGAUUACUUUAAAAAUACCAAGGAUUGGAGUUUGUCGAGUUUUAUAGUAUUCCAAAUAGAAAAGGGACAAGAUAAAUGCACCACCAACUCUAAGUACAAAAGAUUGUUGAAACAUUUUCUCACAUUUGGAAACAGCGUUGAGAAAAAAAGGGCAAAAAAAUUCAUGGAAAUAUUUGAAGAAAUAAAAAAGAUUCACCAAACAAUCUCACCUAAAACAAACCAAGUCCUGGUCAACAUUCGAAAAGAAGGUUCAAAAAGUAUCAACAAGGGCAGUUUAAAUAGUUUUGAUAAUGAAAAACCAACUGAUGAACACCAAGAAGAGCAAUUCAAUUUUACUCAAUUAGAUUUUGGUGCCAUUCUAAACAAAAUUCCAAAAUUCGGUUCUAAUUAUCUACGGGAUUUACAAGAUAUCAACAAUGAUUUAGUUUCCAUAUAUGAAAAGUCGGAAAAAUGGUAA